AUGCAAGAAAACAAUCUGUAUGUUAUCAAAGCAAACUCAACAAAUUCUUCAACAGAUGAAAUUAUUAAUACACGAAAAAUAGAGAUAGCUACGUCAUUAUCAUUCGUGUCUGGGCUAAUCAUGAUUUUUUUGGGUAAAUUAAAGUUUGGGUUGAUCUCCACUUAUAUGUCCGAGCAGUUGGUUAGUGGAUUUACUGCAGCAGUGGCAAUACACAUCACAACGAGUCAGGCGAAACAUGUUUUUGGCAUCUCUGUGCCUCAACAUAAUGGCAUAUUCAAGGUCAUAAAGACCUGGAGAGAUGUUUAUUACAACAUACCAUCCACUAACCUUGCCACACUCAUUACAACUGUGAUAUGUUUCAUCAUUCUUUAUAUCGUUAAAGUUCAAAUUAAUAUGCGAUUUAAGUCUAUACUGAAGAUGCCCAUUCCUAUAGAACUCAUCAUUGUAUCCAUAGCAACUGUAAUAGCUCACUUCGCAGAGUUCAAUCAGAGGUUCAGCAUCAACAUUUUAAAAUAUAUUCCAGCAGGGUUGCCAUCACCAGUAUUACCGAACCCUGUUUUAGCUACAGGGAAUAUAGCGGACGCUUUCAUUAUAGGAAUAGUGGCAUUCACCCAUUCGGUAUCUGGCGCCAGACUUCUGGCAAGGAAACAUAAUUAUGAAAUUGAUCCUAACCAGGAGUUAGUUUCAAGUGGAGCUGGGAGCGUUGUAUGUUCGAUUUUCUCUGGAUACAUCAAUGCAGGGUCAUUAUCAAGAACUAUGGUACUGGAUGGUACGAACGGUAAAUCCCAGAUUGCCUGUUUAGUGGGAUGUGUUAUUGUCAUAAUCAUGAUAUUAGCAAUUGGACCAUUGUUUUACUCAUUGCCAAAGUGUGUUUUGUCAGCAGUAAUAAUCAUAAACCUAAGGACAAUGUAUCUUCAGAUAUUAGAGGUACCAUCACUGUGGCGCACAUCAAAGUAUGAUUUUGUUAUAUGGAUGGUGACCUUUCUGACCUCAUCCAUUCUUGAUGUAGAUAUUGGCAUAGCUUCAAGUCUGAUAUUUUCUCUAUUAACAGUAUCAUAACGAACACAGAGUCCUUCGUCAUAUACACUAGGAUUUGUUGGGAAGACAAAUCAGUUAAAAUCAGUCGACCGAUAUGAUCCCGUAAGUAUCACUUCUAAUACAAUAAAUACACAGAGGACUGAUUAA